AGUGAAUUGUUGUUGACACUGACGUCUGAAAGGCUCCUGUCAUCACUGCCCUCUAUGGCUCUGCAGACGCCCAGCCUCCGUCCAGCUCAGUGUAACGCCAUCGCCACAAAGCUCUGGGGCUUUGUAGAUGUCCCAGGCUGGUUGGAUGAGGUGGAGCCUCUGCUCUUUUGCACUCCUCUGGUCAGUGUCCUGUACAGGACUCGUCCUCUGGUCAUUAACCUCACCACAUCAGUGACAAAGCCGUGGAACACUCAGCAGGCCCAGGCCAUUUUCAACACAGUGCGGGAAAUGAAGCCGAGUUUAAUCAAAGAAGAUUUCCUGAGUCUGGGGACGGCAGGACAAGGAGUGACCUGUAAAGUUUUACUGGAGCAACUCAGAGCAAAUCGUUCUCCUUCAUCAGUGAGAAGGAUCCUGCUCUUCCUCAAACAGCAGCCCAGUCUUCUUCACACCUCACUGAAAAAAUGUGUUGUUGAUGAGGUGUAUCAGUACAACUUCUUUCCAGAAGUUCUGGCAGAUUUUGGAGCUGAACUGGCUCUCGCCAUGCCAGUGAGCACCAUUAAGAAGUUCAGUGAGGACCUCAUGGAUCCUCUCAGAGCGCUCAUCAUCGCAGAACCUCAACAUUUUCUUCUACUGUCCAGAAAGAAACAAGAGCUUCUGGUGGAUAAAAUUGUUCAAAGACUGAGCAUGUACACAGGGGUGUACACGGAGGAGGAGUUUCGCUCUCUGGGGAUUAUGGCCACGUUUGUGACAGAUGAGAUUUUCAUUCAGCUCGACAGAACCUUCUUCAUGGAAAAGAUGGAUUUUUUACAGACUCUCUGUUAUAGCACCACUAAAAUGGACAUAGUAGCGCGUAUCUUACAAGAAACAGCCACUUUUGGACCUGUCAAGACGUGGACGAAGGCCACACUUAGUCAAGUGGGCAGGUUUCUCUUCUUUCUACCCACCAAUAAACUUCAGGAGAUCCCACAAGAGCUGAUGACCGUGGCCCGUAUAGAGAGGCUGUUCAUGGCACAGCGGCGGUGGGAGGGUGGGCUCGUCGGAGGACACUGUCUGGACGCCAGUGAGAGGAGGAGCAACUUUGAUAAACAGCAGUUUGUCCUGCAAUUCUUUCUGGGCUUCCUCAAAGUUGUUUCAACUCCUCAGAUCGUUCCCACCUGUGAGAUUCUCCAUUCAACCACUCCCUCGGUCUGGACAUCUGCGAGUUUGACCAGUAUGUCCACGUCUGCGUUUCUCAACUGUUUAGAGUUAAUGGGUCAGGACCCUUUCUUGCCCUCUUACCACCGCUUACAGUUGUUACAGAAAGUGAAAAAAAUAUAUGGUCCAGUUUCCUCCUUCUCCCAGUCGCUCAUCUCUCAGCUCGGGAGAAUAGUGACAGAAAUGACAGGAGAGGAGCUGAGCAGCCUCCAACUUUCUGAACGUAACACCAUCUCUGCUCUUGGGACUGUCGACCUGUGGAGCAGCAAACAGCAAGAAAUUCUGUUUGCGGCUGUGUUAAACUCAACCAGGCAGAGUGUGAGUCAGCUGGACUCCAGCACUCUGGUGGCCAUGGGUCACAUCCUGUGUGGGGCCAAAGCUUCUCAGAUGAUUUAUUUGAACGCGGUUGAGUUCAGUAAGGCGGUGCACUACCUUGGUCAGCUGAAGCUGAAAUGUGCAGAGGACCAGCUGAGGGCCAUGGUUGGGCUGUUGAACCAUGCCCUGGCCUUUGGAGCCACUCCAUACUGGGGAACCAAUGUUUUCAUUGAGAUUGGAAUAAUAGCAGCUGGACUUCCAGACAUAGAUAUGUCAUCACUGGUAAGAGCUCAAAUCGAAGGAAUCACACCUCUGGCUAUCUCAGUCAUUCCACCUGCAAAAUUUUCUGUUGUGUUCAGUCAUCAGCAGAUCAGCGUGUUCUCCCAUGAGCAGGCCGAGGCCGUGCCCUCCACGGUGAUCGAUGCUCUGUCCUUUAUGCAGAAACAAGCUCUGGCCAUGGUCCUGACGCCCUGGGAGGACCGACCCGUGGACUUCAGAGGGAGGUCGUUGGGGCUGGCACUGAGCCACUGUCCUGUGUGUCUGUUCCUGGGGCUGCUGAUGUUGCUGGUGGUUUCAUCAUGA